AUGCAGAGAAGAACUUGUAACUCAGUAGAAGAAAAAAUGAGUUUUGGUGAGGAUUUUGGGGGCCUGGGUAAGGUUGGUAGCACUGUUAACACCUCGAGUCAUAAACUCAAGAACCCACAAACUCAAGAACCCACAAACACAAGAACCCACAAACUCAAGAACCCACAAACUCAAGAACCCACAAACUCAAGAACCCACAAACUCAAGAACCCACAAACUCAAGAACCCACAAACUCAAGAACCCACAAACUCAAGAACCCACAAGCACAAGAACCCACAAACUCAAGAACCCACAAACACAAGAACCCACAAACUCAAGAACCCACAAACACAAGAACCCACAAACUCAAGAACCCACAAACACAAGAACCCACAAGCACAAGAACCCACAAACACAAGAACCCACAAACACAAGAACCCACAAACACAAGAACCCACAAACUCAAGAACCCACAAACUCAAGAACCCACAAACUCAAGAACCCACAAACUCAAGAACCCACAAACUCAAGAACCCACAAACACAAGAACCCACAAACACAAGAACCCACAAACACAAGAACCCACAAACACAAGAACCCACAAACACAAGAACCCACAAACACAAGAACCCACAAACACAAGAACCCACAAACACAAGAACCCACAAGCACAAGAACCCACAAACUCAAGAACCCACAAACUCAAGAACCCACAAACACAAGAACCCACAAACACAAGAACCCACAAACACAAGAACCCACAAACACAAGAACCCACAAACACAAGAACCCACAAACACAAGAACCCCCAAGCACCAAAACACUAG